AAGUAAAAACGGGUGCUACCGCCUCAGCCAUAUACGUGCCGCCGCCGUUCGCUGCCGCUGCCAUCAAUGAAGCCAUUGACGCAGAAAUCUCCCUUGUUGUGUGCAUUACAGAAGGUAUUCCCCAGCAGGACAUGGUGCGCGUCAAGCACCGGCUGCUUCGUCAGGACAAGACUCGGCUGGUCGGCCCAAAUUGCCCCGGAGUCAUCAAUCCUGGAGCAUGUAAAAUUGGUAUCAUGCCUGGCCACAUUCACAAGAAAGGAAGAAUCGGUAUUGUCUCCAGAUCUGGCACUUUGACCUACGAAGCUGUCCAUCAAACAACUCAAGUCGGAUUGGGACAGUCCUUCUGUGUUGGGAUUGGAGGAGACCCGUUUAAUGGGACAAAUUUUAUUGACUGCCUGGAUGUCUUCCUGAAGGAUCCCCACACCAGCGGGAUAAUAUUGAUAGGGGAGAUUGGCGGGAACGCCGAAGAAGACGCUGCGGACUUCCUUAGACAAAAUAACUCUGGUUCGAACUCCAAACCCGUGGUCUCGUUUAUAGCCGGAGUCACUGCUCCUCCGGGCAGGAGAAUGGGCCACGCAGGAGCCAUCAUUGCUGGUGGGAAAGGUGGAGCCAAAGAGAAGAUUGCAGCCCUGCAGAAGGCUGGGGUCAUUGUCAGCAUGUCUCCUGCGCAGCUGGGAUCCACGAUGUACAAGGAGUUUGAGAAGAGGAAAAUGCUAUGAGAAAAGAAUCUUAAGAACGGUCGGGAUCUCUCUGCAAAAACCACGCACUCUUCACUUCCCUCCACGCCCUGUGUUCUUCGCGUACUCCAGUUUAUUUGUCGGAAUACAGCAGCGCUCUGUCUUACAAAGUCAAAUUUUAACACCACCAGGGUUGGUUUUGGUGGUGGGUUCUUGAUUUCACACAUGAUUGUACGUGAUAAGUCAAUAAAUCAAUCUACUACUAUUACUAAAUUCGAUUUUUUUGAAGCAUGGAUGCUGGGUACCUUUUUUCUUGCAAUGUUCGCGUUGUAUAAACGGGAUUUUUUUUAAAAAAAACCCCCCAAAAACGGUGCCUAAACUGUUCAGAAGUUUUACCGACUGCUAAAAUGUAUACUUUAAUAUUGCUUUUCUGUUUGAGUUUGGGGAUGUUAUGCUUUGUAUCUGGCUGGCGGAUGUGCCUAAUGCAGAAAACUAUGCUUCCUGUGGUUGGAUUCACCUAUUAGUCCUCAAAACAAUUUUUUUUAAAAAUAUUCAUUUUUUUCUCAGCUGUUUUUUUUUCUUUUCUUUCAAGGUGGUAUUAAAAUUCCAGGACAGAGUGAAGAUUGUGGACUCAGUUUUGCUAGAGGUGAAAACUGCAGGCACCUGGGUGUGCAAUUCAUAUUUUGUACUGAUGCAUUAUAUUCAAAUUUUGCAAAAGCAUCUUUUUUUUUAAUCCAGAUAAUAGCACUGCUUAGUCUUUUCAAAAUUAAAUUUUAACACCACCAGAGUUGUUUUGGGUGGUUCUUAGGCAGGUAGGUGUAAAGUUCUCACUCGUGAAAUUUUCCCAAAGGAAUGAGGAAAAGAAAUAGAAAAGGCUAUUUUUUUUAUAUAUCCGUGGACGAGGUAUCUUGGAAAGUUUAAAUAAAAAAAAUCUGAUCCUUUAGUUCCUUGCUCUGUUGAGCCCAGCCAUGCUUCUGUUGGAUGUUACAUGUCUAUAAAUAUUAUGUAACAGUUUAUUAAAAUUCUGCAUGUAGAAUCCCCGUGUUGAUUUUAGCGUGAAGACCAAUCUCCACAUAACAUAUAUCGUUCUUUUACUUAUAUCUUCUUCCAUAAUAAACAUUUUCCCAUCAA